CCGAAGGCGUCGACGGUAAGUCCAGGUGAAACGAAUUAUUCAGCAAACAAGCGAGAGGCAGAGAAAUGUGGAGGCGCGUGGCUCAGUUGUCGUCACUGGUACCGUCGUCCAAAGCAUUUCUUCGUAACCAGCCACAGCCACCCUAUGGAUUGCAGACAUGCGGAGCAUUCAGCACUGAAAUACUUAAGCCGGCAAAAGAUGGAGUUCCUACCACUACCAGAGAGAAACUCCCAUUCAUAACUUUUGUCUUAGGAGGCCCUGGUAGUGGAAAAGGUACACAGUGUUUAAAGAUAGUUGAGACCUUUGGAUUCAGUCACUUGAGUGCGGGAGAUUUGUUACGGAAGGAAAUAUCAUCCAAUAGUGAGAAUGGUGCCAAGAUUCUUGAGACAAUCAAGGAAGGAAAAAUUGUUCCUUCAGAAGUGACUGUCAAAUUGAUCCAGAGGGCAAUUGAAUCAAAUAACAACGAUAGGUUUCUCAUUGAUGGGUUCCCAAGAAGUGAAGAGAACCGUAGGGCGUAUGAGCGCAUUGUUGGAGCAGAACCAAACAUUGUGCUUUUCUUUGAUUGCCCUGAAGAAGAGAUGGUGAAAAGAGUACUGAACCGUAAUCAGGGCAGAGUUGAUGAUAAUAUUGAUACAAUCAAGAAACGGCUUGAAGUGUUUAAUGCUUUAAGCCUUCCUGUUAUCAACUACUAUUCAAAGAAAGGAAAACUUCACAAGAUCCGCGCUGUAGGAACAGAAGAUGAGAUAUUUGAACGAGUCCACCCAAUUUUUACCCGGAUGGAGGUGAUGAAACGUAAGUAAGCUGAAUGAACUCAAGAACAGUACACACAUUCAGAGAUCUGAGCGUUUGGCUGGCUAACCCCGUUUACCCUCUCUGCAAUGAAUACUACUGUUCUUUUUUCCUCUUUCUUUUGGGCUUUCUCCCUUUCCACUCACGGAAGGCCAUAUGCAAGCUCAGAAGCGAAGCAGUUAAUAGUGUACACGUGUAAUCUAGUUCUCUAACAACAAAGGUUCCAUGGUGCACAUUUAUAGCCAAUUCUGAUAAGAAUUUUACCUACAGCCCAUCUACUUCGGCUGACCAGGAAGAACGGUCCCCGUAUUAUCAUUAAUAUUCAUAUGACAUUUCUUAUAA